CAGCCUUCAACAACAACAAAUCUCUUGUACGGUAACACAGAAAGGACAAAAAGGAUCAAGGUCUCUCGCUCUCUCCUAACAAGAAGGAAGUUAGCACAAGCUAGUCGUCGAAAAUCUCUCAAUUCGUUCCUUUAAUUUUGUGGAAAGAAUUGUCUAUUACGGUACGCUAGCUCCUAGUCCUAGCUGAAAAAAGCCCAACCAUUUUGGUCUUUUGAAGUUUAUAAAAAUGAGGGUGAAAGAUCGUCCUCAGUGUUACUUUGAUGUGGAGCUCAACCGGGACCCAGUGGGGCGUAUAGUAUUUCAACUUUAUUCUGACAUUUGUCCCAAGACGAGUAAAAACUUUCUCUGUCUGUGCACUGGAGAGAGGGGAAGUGGGAAAGUCACAGGGAAAAAGCUUUGCUACAAAGGAUCCACGUUUCACAGAGUUGUGAAAAACUUUAUGAUUCAGGGAGGCGACUUCACAGAAGGAACGGGGAGAGGAGGGGAGUCCAUAUAUGGUGGCUACUUUAAAGAUGAAAAUUUCAUUCUUAAACAUGACAGAGCAUUCCUGCUAUCAAUGGCCAAUCGGGGGAAAGACACUAACGGCUCACAGUUUUUUAUCACAACUAAGACUGCGCCUCAUCUUGAUGGAGUCCACGUUGUCUUUGGUCUCGUCAUCUCUGGCUUUGAAAUCAUAAAGAAGAUUGAAGGACUGAAGACUGAUUCAGCUAGCAGACCGUACGCAGAUGUGAGAGUGGUGGACUGUGGACAGCUGAUAACUAAAUCUGCAAAUGAUGUACUUGAAGACAUGAGGACCAGAGGAUCCACAUCUCCUCAUUCCUCACUCAACUCAGACAACGGCUCCUCUAACUUCUCGUCAGAGGAGUCUGAAAGUCCAACAGAACAGAAGCGCAAACGGCAAAAGCUCAGGAGGCCUGGAAAAAGUAAACCACCUAAAAAGAAAAAAAGAGAGGCAAAAAAGGCAAAAAGCUUGAAUAAGGACAUUUUAAAGAAAAGGCCUGUGGAGCAGGAGACCGUCCCGGGAGAACCUGAAGAAGAGAAGGAGUCUGGUGGAAAGAGGGAGAAACCUGUAGUUCGGCCGGAAGAGAUCCCACCUGUGCCAGAGAACCGCUUCCUGUUACGACGGGACAUGCCAUCCCAACAAGUCAAAACCGAAAUUGUUGAGAAAAAGGAAACGACAGUUUCAGCUGAGCAGAAACCAGCCGUGUCAAAGUCUGGCAGGACGAUCAGAGGCAGAGGAACUAUUAGGUAUCACACUCCUACAAGGUCCAAAUCCCGCUCUGCAUCCGUGGAGGAGCAUGGAAGUAGUGAAACGCCGCCACACUGGAAAGAAGAGAUGAAAAGAACCAAAUGUUAUCAACGACCAAGCGUAGAAAGAUGGAACAAAGGAGACAAAUUGAAUGACCAUUCCUCGAGCAGAUGGGAUGACAGAAGUGACUCGGCAUGGUCCCACUCAGCGGAACACUCUACAGACCACAGCUCCGAGAGGUCCAGCCCGCAUCAGCAUCUGAAAAGAGAAAAGAAGGCGGCCAAACAUAAGAAAAAAGCCAAGAAACGCAAGCAUGCCAAGAAGAAAAGCUUCAAGAGCAAACCCCCUAAAACCUACGUGUCAGACAAUGAUAAGGCAGUGUCUUCAGAGAGAAGCUCCAGAAGGUCACAUUCAUUAUCACGCUCUCUGUCAAGCCAGCAUCAUUUGCCAAAGAGAAGACGGCGGUCCACACGGUCCUUUUCUCAGUCCUACUCUAGAUCUUACACACGAAGUCGAUCCACAUCUCGAGGAAGGUCCAGAUCUCAUUCCCGGUCCAGGAGCAUCUCUAGGUCAAGAAGUAGAUGUUUGUCUAGAUCCAGAUCCAGGUCAAUUUCUCAAUCCAGGUCAGAUUCCAGGUCCAGGCACAGAUCCAGGACGCUGUCUAAAAAGAGGAGUUCAUCCAAAAAAAGGAAAACGAGGGCUCCCAAUUCCGAUGGUAAAAGCCGUGAGACAGAAAAGAUCCCAGAAGUCAAAGUCACUGCUGGGAACAGACUGCCAACAGUUCCAACACCUGAAAGUGUGCCAGUGAUGCCACUGAGCGACAGCCCUCCUCCCUCACGCUGGAAACCAGGUCAAAAACCCUGGAAGCCGUCGUACAUCCACAUCCAAGAAAUUAAAGCCAAAGUAGCCUCUAACAUGACUUCAUCCGGCAGACAAGCCAUGGACAGGCUUACAGAAAAAGCUCAGAGUUCAGGAACUCCUAAAUCUAUAGCAAACGACGGUCACGGCGCACACAAAGCUACACGCAGGUUGUCCAGGAGCCGGUCUCUCAACCGAUCUCGCAGCAGAAGUUCCAGUCGUUACAGAAGCAGGUCGUCCUCCUUCAACGGAUCCGAGUUGGAAAACUCUCCAAGAACGAGCAGCAGAAAGGCAAAUUCAUUAGACAAGGAAUGGGAAAAGUACUGCAGCUCCGUAAACAGGAUAAAAAACGUGGUUUCCCUCAGUGGGGGUAGAGGUGGUCUCUCUGGGUCUGACAAAGGAACAGGCAGUGAGCACAGUCGUGACAAUGUGGACUUUAUGGAAAAAAUAAAGGAGACAGAAAAUGCCCAGCAUUUUGAGACAAAUCACUCACUGCCAGCUGGUAGGUCUGAAUGGGAUAGUGAUGGGGAUAAAGUCAGCCAGAGUGAGUCUUUUGGUAGAACAAAACUGCAAAAAGAAGAUGACCUGCUUCCCCGUGGGAAGUCUGCUCUCGCGGGAUGGAAUUCAGACAGCGAUUCGGAGAAUGUAGCAGGAAGAAAAUCAGCCGUGUCGGAAAAAGAGGAAGGGGAGGCGAGUUCAGAGUCUGACUGCGACGCUUCAAAAAAGACUUUUACCCACAAGGUUGCAGCUCCUUCUUCUGGUCGGUCAGAGGAAAGUUGUGGAAACUGUGCAGCUCCAGAGAAGCACAAAAGUAAAAAGAAAGCCAAACGGAAGCACAAACACAAGAGGAGAGGCGACGGCAAGACCUCCCAUCACAGCAAGGACAAAGGGAAGAAUUCAAAGAGGAAAAAACUGAAGCUUAAAGAGAGUUUUCACUGGCAGCCACCUCUGGAGUUUGGAGAAGAGGACGAAGAGGAUGAAUCCAAAAGGGAGAAAAGCAGUCCUCCAAACGUUUCCCUGGAAGAUUCUAGUGAACCCAUGAAUGUAAAUGACCAACAUUUAACCAGUCUGAAAAUAAAUCCCAACAACGAAGUUGAAAAGGGUCAACCGAGAUCAAAAGAAACUACUAGAAACAGCAAAAAUCCGGAACCUCAUCAUCAACCGUCUGACAAAAACAGCACAAGUUCUCAUUGUUCUGGCACCAAAGAGCCACAGACUCUAGACGAUAUGGACAUCUGUACUCCAGAGCACAACAUCGACAUAUUGGAACCUCUGCCUUCAAAUGAUUCCGCUAUCUCUGAACCGAAUCCGAGAGCCACCUCAAAGUCCUCUAACGUGACGAGCAACGAGGGUUCUUCAGUGCAGAGCAACCAACAGCCGACUGCUUCUUCCACGGCAACAGAUGAAAGCCCUCCGGGUGGAGCUACUGCAGCCAAACCUUCAAUCAAUUUUAAAUGGAGGCCAAUAAAAGUCUCGACGGCUCUACAGGACGUGAGCGCAACGCCGGUCACCGUGAAACACAAUCAAGAAAGCCAGAACCGUAACGUACAAGGAGUGAAGAUGGAGAUUAAGAGCAAAAGUCGGGUUCGACCGGGCUCUUUGUUUGACGAGGUACGGAAGACGGCACGGCUCAACCAGCGACCCAGGAACCAGGAGAGCUCGAGCGAGGAAAGUUCACCAGUUGUGGGAAAGACGAGGGAGACGGCACGCUCACUGCAGAAGGCAAGGUCCCAAUCUAGAAAUUCUCGCUCGGCUUCCAGUCAGCGCUCCGGCUCCAGAGGCUGGUCGCGCUCGUACAGCAGGUCCAGGAGUCGAUCCCGCAGCUCAAGCUACUCCUCUAGGAGCCGGAGCAGGAGCAGAAGGAGACAUCGAAGAGGACGAUCUCGUUCCCGCAGCAGCACUUACCGGAGUUACAGGAGUCACCGGGGUCACAGCCGGAGUUACAGCAGAAGUCUUUCCAGGAGUCGCUCUUAUCAUCGUCACAGGAGUCCCAGGUCAGAUUCCUAUGACAGCUACACCAGUCGCAGUCGGAGUGGGAGCAGGCGACGUAGAAGAAGUGACAGCUACCGGAGCUCUGGGCGCCGAUCCCGAUCUUAUCACUCAUCCAGUCGCAGCUCUUCCAGGCGCAGGAGUCACAGUCGGUACAGCUGAGCUGCCCUCAGCCAUCUGCUCAGAGGGAGCAAAACCACAAAGUCUGCAUAUUGGGCCCACACAACAGCUGAAACUCAAAGAUCAGCAACUAAAACUCCAAGACAAAAAGUUCUGUCCCACCCUCCUGUUUUAAUACUGACCACUGGUACAUAAAAUGAGGGGAACAUAAUAAGGAAUGUGUUGUAUUGUUUUUCUUUAUAAGCUAACUUUACAAUGAUGGGCUUUCUUUCUCUGUAAGCUUUGAUGUGUCUUGAAGAGUGUUGUGUUAUGUAUGAAUUUUUAAGUAGAAGUUAUUCGUUUUUGAGAGAAAGCAUAACUGAAUGAAAAUAAACCGUUACGUAACAGUUUCUCCUUUACGUUUACGAUGAGCCAUGAAUGUUUAAAACUGUACAAAGUUUCGUCUCUCUGGUUUUAUACCAUAUUAUUAUGAAUGUUUACCUUUAAUAAAAACCAUGAAAUGUUA